AUGGCACCUGCCAUUGGUAUCGAUCUAGGUACUACCUACUCAUGCGUAGGCAUCUUCCGAGAUGACCGCAUUGAGAUCAUUGCCAACGAUCAAGGCAACCGAACCACCCCCUCCUUUGUCGCCUUUACCGACACUGAGCGUCUCAUUGGUGAUGCCGCCAAGAACCAAGUCGCGAUGAACCCUCAGAACACAGUCUUCGACGCGAAGCGUCUGAUCGGCCGAAAGUUCGCUGAUGCUGAAGUUCAAGCCGACAUGAAGCACUUCCCCUUCAAGGUGAUUGACAAGGGAGGCAAGCCAGUCAUUCAAGUCGAAUUCAAAGGCGAGGAGAAACAAUUCACACCUGAAGAGAUCUCGUCGAUGGUCCUGACGAAGAUGAGAGAGACUGCUGAGUCAUACCUCGGUGGCACCGUCAACAACGCUGUCGUCACCGUUCCUGCCUACUUCAACGACUCUCAGCGCCAAGCCACCAAAGACGCAGGUUUGAUCGCAGGUCUCAAUGUCCUCCGCAUCAUUAACGAACCAACUGCUGCCGCCAUUGCCUACGGUCUCGACAAGAAGACUGAGGGCGAGCGCAAUGUCCUCAUCUUCGAUCUCGGUGGUGGUACCUUCGAUGUGUCGCUGCUGACCAUCGAAGAAGGUAUCUUCGAAGUCAAGUCCACAGCUGGAGACACUCAUCUGGGUGGUGAGGACUUUGACAACCGACUUGAUUUGAGCUCCAACGCCCGCGCACUCCGACGUCUCCGCACCGCCUGCGAGCGUGCCAAGCGCACUCUUUCCUCUUCCGCCCAGACUUCCAUUGAAAUCGACUCUCUAUACGAAGGUAUCGACUUCUACACCUCGAUCACUCGUGCCCGUUUCGAGGAGCUCUGCCAGGACCUCUUCCGAUCCACGAUGGAGCCUGUCGAGCGCGUUCUCCGUGAUGCCAAGAUCGACAAGUCUUCCGUCCACGAAAUCGUCUUGGUCGGCGGUUCCACUCGCAUUCCUCGCAUCCAGAAGCUUGUCUCCGAUUUCUUCAAUGGCAAGGAACCCAACAAGUCAAUCAACCCCGAUGAGGCUGUCGCCUACGGUGCUGCUGUUCAGGCUGCCAUCCUGUCUGGUGACACCUCGUCCAAGUCGACCAACGAAAUCCUUCUGCUCGACGUUGCGCCGCUUUCUCUCGGUAUCGAGACUGCUGGUGGUGUCAUGACACCCCUCAUCAAGCGCAACACCACCAUUCCCACUAAGAAGUCCGAGACCUUCUCGACCUUCUCUGACAACCAACCCGGUGUGCUCAUCCAAGUCUACGAAGGUGAGCGUGCUCGUACCAAGGACAACAACCUGCUCGGCAAGUUCGAGCUCUCCGGCAUUCCACCUGCCCCUCGCGGUGUUCCCCAGAUCGAGGUCACAUUCGAUCUCGAUGCCAACGGUAUCAUGAACGUCUCUGCCGUCGAAAAGGGUACUGGCAAGUCAAACAAGAUUGUCAUCACCAAUGACAAGGGUCGUUUGUCCAAGGAAGAGAUCGAACGCAUGUUGUCCGAGGCCGAGAAGUACAAGGCUGAAGAUGAGGCUGAAGCCGCUCGUAUCUCCGCGAAGAACGGUCUCGAGUCAUACGCAUACUCACUCAAGAACACUCUCUCCGACUCCAAGGUCGACGAGAAGCUUGAUGCCUCUGACAAGGAGAAGCUCAAGGCCGAGAUCGACAAAACCAUCUCUUGGAUCGAUGAGAACCAGACCGCCACCAAGGAUGAGUACGAGGCACAACAGAAAGAGCUCGAAGGUGUUGCCAACCCCAUCAUGAUGAAGUUCUACGGUUCUGGUGGUGAAGGUGGCAUGCCAGGUGGAAUGCCCGGCGGUGGCUUCCCUGGCGCUGGUGGUCCUGGUGGAUUCCCUGGUGCUGGCGGUGCUGGUCACGGUGGCGACGAUGGCCCAACUGUCGAGGAGGUUGACUAA